AUGUUUUUGAUACUUUUAAUUGUUAAUAUCAAAGCAAUUAUACCAACCACAUAUCAGUAAGCUUUAAAAACCAUUCAAGAUGAUCCAGAUCAUUUAUCUUUAAUGAUGUUUAUUAAAGAAGAUUCAGAAGAAUCAGACAAAGCUUUGAAAAUCUUAGAAUAACAUUCAACUACUAUGAUGGAUAUACUUAAUGUAAUAAUACAAAUUCUACAGUUAAAAAGAUCCAAGUAAUUAAUUGUGAUCAAAUUUCUAAAGAAGAAUUAAAUCAUUUGCCUGCUUGUUAAUAUAAAGAAAGUUUACCAUUUGCUAUGUAUUUGAUACCACCUGCUGAUUCUGAUCCUACAAAAGGUCCAAUUUAACCAAUCUAAAAAUUAAUAACUAAUUUCUCAUUACCAGCACUAAAGGAAGGAUUCUUAGAAAAUAGUCCAUAAUUUUGGGAAUUGAUUAAUGAUGAACAAUAAUAUGAAUAAUUCUUAAAUGAUAAAAGAUUAAACAAAGUAUUAACUAGAAUAGCAACUAAACCUAUUUGGUGGUAUGGUAUUACAUAAAAAUUCAGAGAUAGAUUAGAUGUAAAAUAUACAUAUUUUAUUAGUUUGCUAUUGUUAAUCCUAGAUUAUUGAAUAAUGAUCUAGUUAUUCUAAAAUUAAUUAAUGGAUAAUAUGUUGAACAAACUUACAAUGGUGCUAAACAAUAUGAAAGUUUGAGAGCAUAUUUAUCAGUUUUUGCAAGUGUAUAAUUUAUUUAAAUAUUCUAAGACCUAAAGGAUUUUUAAGACUUUGGAUUCAUCUAGAAAUAUCAAUUCAACUUUAAUAAAAAAUAUAACUUCAAUUUAAAAUAUAAAUUUUGAUAAUUAAUGGAUCUUACUUUCUAUUAAUAAUCAUUAAAGAUUGAAUAAUGUUAUUUCAGAUAUGAAAGGUAUAUUUAGUGUAUAUAAUAUAAUGGAUAAUUCUAGUUAAUAAUAAUUAUUAAUUUAUCCUUUUUCAUCUAAAAAGAAUCCAAUAUAUAUAAAUAAUUAAAACACUUUAGAAUUAUGUGUAGAAAUGAUUGACUUUUUAAAAUAUAAUGUUAAUACAGAUUCUCUUUAAUUACUUUAAGAUAUUAAAUCAUUAAUUACAACUAAAUAAAUUGUGAAUGUAUGGUUUUUUAAUAAAAAAAAUUAUAAUAAAUGUCAUUUAUUAUGGGCAUUAACAUUUGCUAAUAAAUAAGAAUAUAAGAAAAUUUUUUAAUUUCAUAUCAUUUAUGAUCCAGAUGAUACAAUUAAAAAAUAAUUUACUGUUGAUAAAGUACCUUUUAUUACUAGUUUAGAAAUUAAUGAAGGUUAAAUUGCUUAAAUAGAUUAUACUGAAAGUUUUAAUUAUUAAAAUAUAGAAGAAUAUAUUGAUAAAUUAUACUAAAGACAUUAAAUAAAGAAUAAACAAAAUUAAUAAUAUCCUUAAAAUAAUAAAGAAUUUGAAUUCCUUUGUACUCAAGAACAAGUUAAAUGUAUUAUUACAAUAAUUGACAGAAACAAUUAAGUAGAUGAAGAUGUCUUCAUUAAAUCUAUGAAAACUAUCAAUAAUAAUAAAUAAAUAUGGAUUAUUUUAUAUGAAGAUUGUUAAUAACUCUUAAUUUAGAAAUAUAAAUUAUAAGUACCAUCUUUAAUUUUAUAUGAUGCAAAUAAUUAUAAAUAUUAAAUAAUGAAAGAUUAAUUUAAUUUUAUUAAUAUAGAUAAAUUUAUUAAAUAAAAGAAAAGAAAUUGGAAAGAAUUAGAUUAUCAAUUUUAAAUACAAAAAUGUUAAAUUAAAAAGGAUGAUUUAUGA